AUGGCUCUACUGGUGGAGGUGGCAGGAGGUGCUUUGGAGGCUCCCAGCCCCUGGCAAUCAACGCCGCUGGCAGCGGCUGCUUUGCAUAUCAUCGAUCGCUAUAUUGGGCCUUUCCAAAGAACACUCCUGAUUGCCGGGAUGUGUGACAAUUGCACCUCCUGGCAGCGGGACCGACAGGAACAGUUGUUGUCCCAGUUGCUGUUGAGUCACAAGCAGGACGUGGCCAUACAACUAUAUCGGGGCGUGAUUGAUGAGAAGCCGAUUAGCUAUUUCUAUAUGUUCGUGGUGAACUCAUUGGCGGCCUUUCGGGCACUGGAAUUCACUCUCCCGGAGACGCUCUUCGAUCGCGAGUUCUACUUCGUCAUUGUGCUGACUAGCAGGACGGCAACGGAGUCGGAUAUCGAGAAAAUCUUCUUCAGCUGCAUGUACUUCCAUGUCCUACAUGUGGUGCUGCUCGUGGAGCUUCCUGACAUCCCAGUAGUACUCUUCUACAGCUACGAUCUGUUCAGCUCCAACUGCAGCCAUCUGAUUACGCCGAAGCAAGUGAAUCGCUUCGCAAAUGGUCGCCUUCAACAUGAUCGCCUGUUCGUGAACAAUUUCGAGGGCUUCUACGGCUGCCCCUUAAAUGUUAGUUGGUAUCUGUUGCCGCCUUUCGUCACAUUUCGCGGCGAUGGCCACAACCGGAGCCAUCGUGCGGAGGUGGAACGUCUAAAUGGCAUCGAUGGAGAGCUGCUGAGGGUGCUGGCUGAUAUUUUCAACUUUCGCAUUCAACUGUUGCCGCCAUGCGGAAAGAGUUACAUUACAGCCAAUGGGACUGUGACGGGAUGUUACGCCGCCCUCCAAUCUGGACGUGCAUCGAUCGCCAUUGGGGCACUGAGCGGCUCUCAUCUGCGACGCCAUCAGUUCUCGACGACGUCUGCGUAUCAUCAGAGCGCCCUGGUCUUUGUGGUGCGCAUGCGGCGCACUUUCGGACCCAUUAGCCAUCUGGCUGCUCCAUUUUGUCGUGGAGUCUGGCUCUGCAUCCUGGGCAGCUGUGUCCUAGUUUUGAUUUUACAAUGGCUCCACUGGCGGCGCCUGGAGAUCGGCGGUGGGACGCUCAAUGUGCUCGGCACGCUGCUGGGUAAUCCACUGGUGUUUGGGGCAUUGUUUUCAGACACCCAUGUCCGUCCGCUGUUCAUGUCCUGGAUGCUGCUGGCGUUAGUUCUGCGCACCCUGUAUCAGGGGAAGUUGUUCGGUGUCUUCUGCUUGCCCCAAUACUCCGGUAUACCGCGCAACAUAAGCGAACUUUUGGAUCAGAACUACACACUGCUAGCUGCAGACUACCUGGAUUUCUAUCCAAAGCAGCGUACGGAGAUCAUUCAGAGCAGCUAUGCAGCCCGAUUUGAGCAAAUGGAGAAUGAUCCACGCCCUAAGCUGACCACGACGGCGCUCUUGGGAAACCUUAUCCAUUACAAUCAGCACAAGUGGGAGACUAGCACGCUGAUUAGCGUAGAGGAGCCCAUCUAUACGUAUCAUCUGGUCAUGUAUUUGCGUCGCCAUUCCAUACUCAAGUUUGGGUUCGAUCGGAAGCUGCGUCAGCUGAUGAGUGCCGGAAUCGUGGGCUACAUCAAUCGUAAAUACGAGCUCAGCAAGUUCCGAUAUCUGCAGGCAGCAAGGCCUCUACAGAUCGAACGCAUCCGGCUGCAAAUGCACAGCGGACUCUACCUGGUAUGUCUGCUGAUGCUAUUAAUGGCGUUGAUCAUCUUUGGCCUCGAACUAUUGAGCCUGCGCGUGUCUCGAUUGCGACGAUUCUUUGAAGGAGGCUAA